AUGGAUUUCACGUCGGUCAGCGAUAAGAUCUCCACGUUCACCCGAAACGCGAAAAUGGAAGCGGAGCGAUUGUUUUUACCGUCCGCGUCGAGUUUAGGAUUACCGGUGAGCUCCGCCGAGGACGUGAUUAUGGCCGAGAGCGAGUUUGCGAGGUUGUGUGCGCAGUCGCAAGCCCCGGAGGAGGCGGAAAAAUAUAAAAAAGAGUUGGACGAGGCGAGGUUUCGAUUGGCGUGGGCGUUGUCGCACAGCAGACGGGAGGAACAUUUGAGACACGCGGAGAAUAUUUUGAUGGACGAGACGUUAGAGUGGGACGACGUUUUGACGCAUAGAGAUAGGUAUUAUUUGAAGGCGGUAUUGUAUUACAAUCGUAACGACUAUUUGUCGUGCAGAGACAACGCGUUUACGUGUUUGAGCGUAGAUCCGACGUGCGUCCAAGCGCAAAAUUUGAGGCAGGCGUGCGAGGAAUAUUUGGCCAGGGAUGGGAUUAUUGGAAUAACGGGCGUUGUGGCCGGUGUGGCGGUGUUAGGAGCGAUGUUCGCGUCGAGACGAUAA